AUGGGUGGCGCGCUGCUGCUAGCGCUGCUGGCGGCGGCGCGGGCCAGCGAGCCCAAUGCCACCGAACUCAGCCCCUCGCCGCCACCAGAAGAAGAGAAGACCCCGCUCUUUCCCAUCGACCUGUUCACAGAGGAGCAGCGGCGGUCGGGAGCCGUGCUGCUGCAUGUCAUCGGCAUGGGCUACAUGUUCGUGGCGCUGGCCAUCGUGUGCGACGAGUUCUUCGUGCCGGCGCUGGACGUGAUCAUAGAGCGGCUGGCCAUCCGGGACGAUGUAGCCGGCGCCACGUUCAUGGCGGCGGGGGGCUCCGCGCCGGAGCUGUUCACCUCCAUCAUCGGCGUGUUCGUGUCGUUCGACGACGUGGGUAUCGGGACGAUCGUGGGCUCGGCCGUGUUUAACAUUUUGUUCGUGAUCGGUGCGUGCGCGCUGUUCUCUAGAACGACUUUGACACUAACUUGGUGGCCCCUGUUCCGAGACUGCUCCUUUUAUUCCGUCAGCCUUCUCGUGUUGAUAUAUUGUUUCCGGGACAGCGAGAUAUACUGGCAGGAAGCGCUGGUGCUGUUCUCGCUGUACGGGGCGUACGUGAUGUUCAUGAGGUGGAACCAGCCGGUGGAGCGAGCACUCAAGAAGCUCAUCUACAAGAACAAGGUGACGCGAGUGCGGAGUACUGAUCAGCUGAUGCCAACGAAGAAAAAUUCUUCAUUAUCUUCAUAUACUAGCCACCUGCCCCUGCUGCGCAUAGACGUUGCCGGGGCCGCGGUACAUUAUUGCGGUCAUACCAUAACUCUGGCUGAAGAUACUCCGUCAUCAUCAUCAUCAUCAUCAUCAGCCUAUAAGUGCCCACUGCUGAGCAAAGGCCUCUUCUCAUACGGAGAAGUUCUGGUUACUUUUGUGUGGGAGAGUCAUGCUUCUGCACGAAUGGGCCUGAUCGACCAGAGUAGUUCCCAACCUCACGGAAAACUGGCAAGAUACAACGCUAGUGUUGUGUUUCUCCGUGCACUUUUGAAGGUCAAACAAAAUUUUAAAGAUAUAAUGGCAGUCUGUCGGUCAGCUUUCUUACUGAAGCUAUUUGCUCGUUAUAAAGUGUGGAUUCCGAUGGAGAAGAACCAGCAAGAAAUCUCCGAAUUCUCCAAUCCUCUCUCCUCCUCGCUGGUCGAUGCCGUUGUCCAUAGGCGCGUCAUUGCUUACCAUCAGCUUAGGAUCAGCUGA